AUGAAAUCUGUGACUGUGUUUAUGGUUUUCUUUUGUUUCCUAGCGAUAGCAAAGGCUAAACCUGUUAAUGAAGACCAGGGAUUUGUAGAAAAACGUGAAGACAAAUCUAGCGUGGAAGAUGAACUGGAAAAUUCUGGAAAUUCCGAUGAGGAAGAUGAAGAGGAUGGAAGCACCAUUGACGAAGAACCACGAGCGAGAGAAAAGAGACGUAUUUUUGAAACCGACAAAGAAGAGCAGAACUCGAAGGAUUUUAGUGGAGAGAAAGAAGAAACCGAGAAUUCCAGUGGAGAUGAGGAAAUGCGAAAAGAUAAGCUGCAAUGGAAAAAUAGCAUGGGAAUUCGAGGGCCAUUUACUAUCACUGCUCUGCAACCCAUGGGGCUACAAAAUCCCUCUUCACGAAGACAAAACGAUCAGGGCUCUGUUGAUCUCAUGAGUACACCAGGAAAUAUCCAAAUAACACCACUCGAGCCAAAGAUCAAUAGCAUGAAGAAGAUCCGCAGGAGGUGCUUAUGUCCUUUUCCUUGUGGUGUUCCAAACGAAUUCGAAGUGAUCGGUUGCAGUGGUCCGUAUACGUAUCCACUGUCACCUUGUGGAGGUUUCGGAGGAAUCUGGCCGGGCUUUGGCUGUGGAGGCUGUGGAGGUCUGUACGGGUUGGGUGGUUAUGGAGGGUAUGGUGGUCCAUAUUUGGGAGGUGGUUUUGGAUGUGGUGGUUUUGGUGGGUGUGGUGGUGGUUUUGGUGGGUGUGGUGGUUGUGGAGGAUGCGGAGGCUGCGGAGGGUGUGGAGGAUGUGGAGGAUGUGGCAGUUUUGGAUUCCCAUUUCCAUGUUGCUGUAAGUAUAUACUCCAUAACGAAGAUUUCCCUUUGAUAAAAUUAACUUCAUUCCAUAGAUUUGUAUAAGAGAUCCAAAUGAUCCAGCUCCAUGAUAGUUGAACUGCAAAUGGCGCUAGCUGGUUAGUCUUAAGGAACGGUCACUUAUCUCAUAUUUUGUCUUACGACGAAAUCAUUUUAGGUGCGAUAGUUCCUAACAUGCUUUAAGUUUCUCUGCCUGAGUGUUUUGAGAAGAAAAUAGACCCACGCAUUAAGAUUCUCUGCGUGAGCCUUUGAGAGGAGGAUGGAGGAAAUCUUGUUUUAGCGAGGUUUAUAUACAAUUCAAUUCAAUAUUAUUACGCCAUUGUAACGUGUGGCAGUGCACCAAAAUAGCAAAGGCUAAUUAAGAAGUGCUGUAAAGAUAAUUAGUGUUAUAAUGAGUUUUGUAGUUUUCAUUAAAUAGUUUGAUCUUUAUUAAACGGAGACAAAAAUGGAAGAAUAUCAUUACCUAGUUAAAGUUGUCUAAAUCGAAAAUUAAAUGCAAGUAUAUACCACCUUUAAAGGAAGAACCCUAUUUCGCAGAUGAAAAUGGAUAGAACUCUAAAAGGACUCUAAAGCUAUGAAAUGUGCUGUAUGAAAUGUUUUGACAUUAUUUUCUAAGUAAGUGAUAUACGGGUAAAAUUGUAUUUUAUAAAGUUACUUCUAUUAUUUUCAUGUUUUGUUUUUAGGUUGUAAGAAAGAGGAAAAGGAAAAGGAAAGGGAUUUUGCAAAAUCUGAACCAGCACAGUACAAGCCAGCUGGCAAAAAUCCAAAGAAUGGCCAACGGGAUAUGCCUCUUCCAGUUCCAUCACCUCUAAAACUGAACAAACCAUCAGUGAAAGUUGCCAAAUUUUGAACAAUCUUUUUUCUUUGUAUGAAGCGCGGAUUUACUCACAAGCACAAUUAGAUACUGUACUAUAAACCAUGGGAGAUAAUAAUAAAGUGCAUUAGGAAUGCCUUUUUUUAGUGGUUUUAACAUUGAUCCAAAGGAGCCACGAAUCUGCAAUAAUGUAAAAAAAAAUGGUUUGAUGUAAUAAAAUUGAUCAGUUUAAAAUAAAAAAUAACAAUUAUUAAGACAUGCAGUAUCGACGUGGAGCCUCUUAACGGCUG